AUGUCGCUCGCAGCUCCUGUUGAGAAGGACGGCUUCUCGUACGCUGGCGAUUCGCUUUACUGCGAGACCAGCUCCCUGAACCGUCACCGUCGAGCCACUCUUCCCGAACUCAAGGCUCACUACACCGGCAAGGACACAGAAAACCGCCCUGCCCACUGGUAUGAGGCGCAGCUCCUACACUAUGGCCUACCUCCAUCUAAGGUCAAGGGCACAGCUCACAAGCGUCUCUUCGAUGCCGUCAGGCAGGGUGAUCUCUCCGUGCCAGCUCACAUCCAGAAGAUCGAGGCGGACUUAAAGAAGGUGUGGUCAAAGAAGGAGCGAGAAGCGAAGAAGGUCAUCAAGGAGUCGGCCGCGGAGAAGGCGAUAGCCAAGGGAGGCACAAAGCGCAAGGUUGACCAAAUGUCGACCAGCGUCAACGUUAACGUCUCUGUCCAGGUCUCCAAGACUGGAUCGGUCAAGGUGAAGUCCGCACAGCCUGCGGCGAAGAAGACAAAGACGACCAAAGUAGCUCCGGCGGCCAAGGCGGCAACCCAAGGGAAGAAGGUGCCGACUAUAAAGACCCCGGCUGCGAAGGCCCCAAAGACUCCUGCCAAAUCUCCUGCGAAGCCAAAGAGUAAAGCGAAUCCUGAUGCCAGGCGAUCCGGCCCCUCGAGCUCCGGCAGGGCUGGUCCAUCUAGCCUCACCCCAUGCUGUGGUGACGAGCCGCCUCCCUACAGCGAGUACGACCAAGAUUACCCACGCUUCGAGCAGGCAAGCCCAAGCCCGGACGCAGGACAAUUCAGCUCGCCUCAGGCUCAGCAGCCUAGACUUGGUCUGCUCAAUGGCCGCUACCAAGUUGAGUUCAGUUACAUCGGGGGACAGUGGCCCGAGUUUCAGGAUGACCUGGAGCUUAUCGUGACACUCGAUGGGGAUACCCUGUGGCUUUCGUUCGACUUCGGCGGCGCUUCCGGGAUGAUGAAGGUGGUCCGACCGUACGUAUCGGAUCCCGUUGAUGGUACUAUGUUGUUCUGGCGCGGCCACGCCUUCUACAAUAAUGGCGACUCAGAAGCCUUCGCAGUGGACACGCUCAAUCGGGCUGGCCCUGUCAACAGACUCUGGUUCUACGGUGAUGGCCACAUCCGUGGAGAAAUGCGGCCCGGCCGAAGGUAUGACGCGUGCGGGCUCUCCUUCGAUGCCUACCGACUGCCUGGUCAGUCGAUGAGUUCCGAGAUCAGUCCUACCAGAGCACGACAAGAAUGGGCAAGGUUGGGAGAGGAGAUGGAGGUUAAUAGAUACAGGUAA